CUUUACUGCAAUUAAUCGUUUACACAAGUACGAUCACAGUCACAAGAAGCUUCAAGAAGUAUACAUACAAGGUGGUCGGCGCGGCUAACUCUCCUCUCCUCUUUGGUCGGCGCGGCAAGGUGGUCGACUGGUCGGCGCGGAAAGGUGAUCGGCGGCAACUCGGCAUCUCUCAUUCUCUCAUCCCCCCCUCAAAGGUUGAUUUCGUUGAUACAAGAUGAAGGGUAUAGAACAUUUCUGGAAAAACCAUAUUUCAAAGUCACAAAAAUCGCUUUCAAAUAUGUGCCCUACGAAUUAGUAGUUGUAAUUUGGAUUUGGAUUAUGAUUUUAUUAUAUGCGCCCAAGAAUUCCGAACCCUUAAGGAAACAAUGCUGGCACCGCCACUGAUUGUAAUGGAAGAACUUACACUAGAGGGCGAGUCUGAAGACGAGGAUGUUGAUUUUAAUCCAUUUCUGAAGGAGAGUCUUUCGGGAGAGGGUUCGUCGAGCUUGAGCUCGGAAGUGGAAGGGUUGGAUACUGAUGUUAUUAAUAGUCAUGUUGGGAAUGUAGUUUCUGCAGAUACUCAUGGGUCACUGAAGGGGAUGGCUGAUGUUGCCCAUGAGAGGGAAAGUAAUGAUUUUUGUAAGAGGGGUUCGGUUUUAGUUUUGGGUCUGGAAAAAGAUAAGGUUCAAGAUAAGGAGAAUGAGUUGAAUAGUGGAACUGAUGCUGUUGAGGAUGUUUUAGAGGCAGAGAUGAGAAUGGUUAGCUUUAGGAACAAACCUGUAAUUGAUUUGGAUGAUGAGGAAGCUAUUUGUAAACGGACUAGAGCUCGGUAUUCUCUCGCCAGUUUUACGCUUGAUGAGUUGGAGACAUUUCUACAAGAAACUGACGACGAAGAAGAUAUUCAAAAUGUUGACGAGGAAGAAGAGUAUAAGAAGUUUCUUGCUGCAGUUUUGAAUGGAGGAAAUGGGGAUCAACAAGGGAAUAUAGAGGGUAAUGGUGAUGAUGAUGACGACGAAGAUAAUGAUGCAGACUUCGAGAUUGAAAUUGAAGAAGCGCUUGAGAGUGACAUUGAUGAUUGUGUUGUGACGCCUUAUACGGAUGAGAGGUUUGAAAGAGCUAGUCGGCGUCCUGAGACUAGGCGAAAGGGACAGAAAAGGGCCAAUGCCCAAAAUAAAAAGAAGGUAGCGCAGCAGGGAAAGAUGCCCUUACGUCCACUAUUGCCUGUUAUCCCCACUACAUCUGUUCCCUGUCUUGGCCCUAGAUAUCAUGCAUUUGAGACUUCUUCGCAGUUCCCCCAGCGUGAUCAAGGUUUUUUAGUGAAUGGAUUCCAGCCUUAUCAGAUAGGCCAACUGCAUUGCUUAAUAUAUGAACAUGUACAGAUCCUUGUCCAAGUAUAUUCACUUUCUGUUCUUGAACCGUCCCGGCAGCAUAUUGCAUCUCAAACUAAGGGCCUACUGGCAGAACUUCUUCACAAACGUGAUCUAGUACUAGCCUGGAGAAAUGGACCUUACCCCACUUCUUGUUUUCUCCCCUCAUGCACUUUCCCGUCUGUUUCGGUUGAAAAUAAAGAGGACUCUGGUGUAUCACCUAAUGAUGGUCAGGACUGUCGAUGGUUGCCGGUUGUAGGUGGUUCUGUGCUAUCAGUUUUGGAUGUUGCACCAUUGAAGUUAGUUGGAAGAUAUAUUGAUGAUGUUUCUAAUGCUGUACGAGAGCAUCAAAGGCGCUGUUUGGAAACUACUAAUAUAUAUUUGGAAAAACAGCCUCUUUUCCCCCUUCCUAUUUGUUCUUCGCCUGAAGUGGAUCAUAAUGUUUCUAAAGGAGACGAUCGAUCAUUAAAUACCAGUGAAUCACCAAAUAAUAAAGUGGCUAAAAAGACAUUGGCUGCUACCCUUGUUGAAAGUACCAAGAAACAAUCCGUCGCCUUGGUCCCCCAACAAAUUACAAAACUGGCACAUCCCUUUUAUUCGUUGUUUAAUCCAGCAUUGUUUCCUCACAAGCCACCUACCUCUGCUGUUGCUAAUCGGGUGCUUUUCACGGGUGCUGAAGAUGUGUUGCUUGCAUCGGGAAUAAUGGAAUAUAAUAAUGAUUGGAAAUCUAUUCAACAGCGUUUUUUGCCUUGCAAGUCAGAGCAUCAGAUUUUUGUAAGAGCAAAAAACCGCUGUUCCGCUAAGGCACCUGAUAACCCAAUAAAGAAUGUAAGAAAGAUGAAAACAUCUCCACUCACAGAUGAGGAGAAAGCUCGUAUUCAGGAGGGACUCAAAGCAUUCAAACUUGACUGGGUAUCAGUUUGGAGAACUAUGGUACCCUAUAGGGAUCCAAAUCUGCUCCCUCGACAGUGGCGCAUUGCUAUUGGAACCCAGAAAUCAUACAAAGCUGAUUCAGCUAAGAAGGAGAAACAUAGAGUAUAUGAGUCAAACAGGAGAAGAAGCAAAAUGGCAGUUGUGGAUUACUUUCAGACUGGAUCUGAAAAGGAGAAUGAAAGUGGGGAGGACUGCGUGGAAAAUGAUAAUGAAGCAUAUGUUCACGAAGCUUUUUUGGCCGACUGGAGACCCACUCCUACUGGAGUGGUUCAGAACGGGAUAGAUAAUCAACGGAAUCAAGCAUCUCAAUCUGGCAAAGUUCAUGCCCAAAAGGUCUCAGCUGCUACAGAAGAUUCCCAUCUAGUGCAUUGCAAAUCUGUGCAUCCUCACACGUCUAGCUUUCCUCCGCCUAUACCAAUUUCAGAAACAUUUGGCGAAUCAGUAUUUCGGUCCCAGAGGGCUGGAAAGCCUAAUUUAGUAAAAUUAGCACCAGAGUUACCCCAUGUCAAACUUCCUCCAGCAGUCCGUGUUAUAUCUCAGGCUUCGCUCAGAAGUUCCCACCUUGGAAGCUCAGGUGAGGUUGGUGGUGUUAACUGCUCUGCAGAUUUAGUAAAACAUAUGCAAGACAAAUCUAUGAUAUCAAAUCCCAAUUCUUUAAGCGUGACGAAUGAACUCUUGAAGAAUGGAUACAGUCUUACUAAAGAAAGAGGCGCAAACUUGGAUCCUCAGAUGCACCCUUUACUGUUUCGAACCAUUGAAGAGGGGAAUUUACCAUGCUACCCUGUUAAUAGUCCUAUGAGGAUUCCUACUUUUAGUUUCUUUCCACCUACUCUACUUCAAGUUCCCGAUGCUGGCUUAAAAUCUUCGAGCUCUAAAAAAGAAACUGCCCCACCAUCUUCUAGUCUAGAUUUUCAUCCCUUGUUACAGAGAGCAAAGGAAUUCCAUGCCAACUCCUUAGAUACUGGCUGUGUGCUGAAUACUGAUCUGGAACUCUCUAGGGAUCAAUUUGUGGAAGAUAUUGUUUAUGAUGCUGGUGCAACUGCAGCAGCUCAAACCAGUCCCAGUGCUGAUGCAAAUGAUUUGGACUUGAAUAUCCACCCGAGCUCUGCAUCUAAAAGGAGAAAAGUUUCAAGUCAACAAGGGGCUGAAAUAAAUCCAUCAGUUGAUGGAUCAAGAGUUGUUGAGAGUGUGAAAGAGACAAGUAGUGAUUUUUCUGAAUUUGCUGAGCUUCAGCCUACUGCAGAUCUUGUUGCUAAGAGGCAUACGGCGGAGAUACCUAAUCCUGAAAAGUCUGUUGCAGUGUCGCAUAAGCUUGUUAGUAGUAAUGAUGACGUUGGUAUUCAACCUCUCUUAGAAGUAGUAAUGGAACAGGAAGAAUUGAGUGAUUCUGAUGAAGAAUGGGAGGAUAUAGAGUUCGAGUGUGAAGAAAUGGCGGAUUCUGAUGGAGAAAAGGAAUCAGACGCUGUACAAGUUGUCGACGCCGACGCCUUUCAUAAGGAGCAGGUAGAUGAUGCUGCAUUGGUCACCGCUACCCACGCUCAGCUUUUGAAAUCACUUGCGUCUGAACAGACUCAGACUCAGAGAAAAGGAAGAACUCCUAGGAAAGGGGCAGGGAAAGGGAAAGGCCACACAAAGGGUUCAUGGUUAAGUUUGAAUUCUCAUCAUAAACCACUUUCAAGAAUCAAGAGGACAAUAAGUCCCAACCGUGAUUGUAGCAAGGAAAUUUCGAGCUCAAAAGAUGUGUCUUGUUCAACUGAACCGAAAACUGGAAUUUCUGAGAAAGAUUCCGUCUCUUCUCCAUCAAGGAGGACUAGAAAGCAUGCCUCUAAAAGCUCAUCAUCUCCUUUGGAAGUAAACUCCAACUCCAGUUGUGUAAAUUAAUAUUCAACAACAGAAACUGGGUUGCUUAUGUUGUCGGUUUUAUCAUGAAAACAGUUGCUGGAACCGAAAUGCCUAUGAAAUUGACACACAGUGGAGGCUGAGAUGCACAAGUCUGUGGAGUUGAGGUAUUCCUUCCUGAUAUAGCUUGUAAACUUCAUGGUUCUAAGCACCCAGUAUGGCCCCACAUAACCUCAUGGGGGUAUAUUGAGGGGUUUUUUAUUGCCUCGUAAACUUCAUGGUCGUUUUUCGAGAUGGUUCUAAGCACCCAGUAUGGCCCCACAAAACCUCAUGGGGGUAUAUUGAGGGGUUUUUUAUUGCCUCGUAAACUUCAUGGUCGUUUUUCGAGAUGGUUUUAAGUACCCAGUAUGGCCCCACAAAACCCCAUGGGGUAUAGUGAAGGGUUUUUGAUUGCCUUGUAAACAUCAUGUUUACUCGUGCAUGCACCUCUCCGAAAAUGCAAUUGUACAUAAUGUAUAUUUAUUAUAAUGUUAUACUUCUCAUUCUUUUAUGAUGAUGUGCAUUCUUAAA